AUGUCUAAAAGAAAUAAAUUUGUCAUAAUCCUAAAUUUUUUAAUUGCUUUUCUCCACUCUCUUAUUUCUCUUUUUCUUUUUUUAUUGUUUAACACACUAUUUCAUUUUAGAUUUUUAUUUUAUAAAUAUUUAUUUUUGUGGACAAUGUUUGACAGAAUAAUUCAACAACUUUUACACAGUGAACAGUUUAUUCAAAAGUUAGUAGAUUCUUCGCCAAUUCGCCGAACAGCUCGUUUCCUCAUCAGGACAACCUUUGGAGCCAAAUCAAAAAUUUUAAAUAAUAAAAGAAUUGAGAGAUUUGGACAAUUAUUUAGAGAAGAAUAUCAAAAAUCGAUUAAAGGAAAGUAA